UGAGCAGCAUGAGUGGGGUGGUGCGUGCGGCUUGGCGGCUGGGGGCAGCCGCCGUGGGGGGCCGGGCUGGGCGCCAGCUGAGCCAGGCAGUCGGGGAGGGUGGCGGUGCUGCCGCCGCCGAGGGGAACGGUGGCGGCUCAGGGUCGCGGAAGGUGAUAGAGCAGCUGGUGCGGGAGCACCCGGUGGUGGUGUUCAUGAAGGGCAGCCCGGAGCAGCCGCUCUGCGGUUUCAGCAACGCUGUCGUGCAGAUCCUGCGCCUGCACGGCGUGGAGGACUACCGCGCCCACGAUGUCCUACAGGACCCCGACCUCCGUCAAGGAAUAAAAAACUAUUCCAACUGGCCUACCAUCCCACAAGUAUACCUCAAUGGUGAAUUUGUUGGUGGCUGUGACAUACUCCUCCAGAUGCAUCAGAAUGGAGAUCUUGUAGAAGAGCUGAAGAAGCUAGGAAUCCGUUCAGCACUUCUGGAUGCAGAAAAAGACCAAGACAAAAAGUAAAAAGAGAAAAAAAAAGAUGCUGUGACAGGAAUGAAGCAAAUCUUCAAUAAGAACUUGUUACCAGUAAAGCCUUACGUACUUCAGCUCGAAGAAGGCAUUUGUUGGAACUGACACUAAGAUUUUUCUGUGAAUGUCUGUUAGUUCAUGGUAAAUGUAGUGAUCUCAAUAUUUUGAUUUAUGGAUAUUGUGAAAAUUUGAGUAUAACCAUUGCACUGUAAAGUUUAUAUUUGUGGAAAUCUGUGUUUGGAAAAAGUUCACUUCUGAAACCAUUUUCUUCUUGGAUUGAGGGGAGUAAACCAAAAGAACUUGUAUUUUUAUGGAUUUUGAGUGUGUGUUUUGCUGUUCUUUGAUACAUGAACCUACGCAAACAGUGUUUGCACUGCCUUGCUCCUUUUGAAAAAGUGUCAAGUAAGAAUGCAUUUGUUUUGCCGUAAGCUCCUUGUGGUAAGACUUCCUGAGAGUCUGUAAAACUUUUGUAAUCACAUGUGCUAUAGGAGAAAAAUAGUCUUCAAACAAUAUAGGAGAGAAAAAUUAUAUGAGAGUACAUGAAAUAUGCUUUCAUUCCAAAGGGUAAAAAUAAAGGCUUAUACAAAGUACAUGUAUAAUGGUCAUUAUUACUUUGUAACUUUCUGAUAGCUUUUAAAAGGUUGUUAAGAAUUGUGCCUCAGAUUUUAUAAAACCUUUUCUACCUCUUGCAAAGUAGCUUUCCCCCUGCUUAUAUACUUUGUAUAAGUUCUAUGUCAGUGCUAAAAUAUGGGAAUUAUUUAAGGCUUCAGUAUUGUAUCUUGAAAUAGUACAGGAAAAUACUGCAGUUAUUGCUGUAAUCUUGUAUUAUUUGCUAGUUCCUUGUUACCUUUUUAUAUUUGUUGCAUUUCCAAGUUAUUUUCUCCUGACUGCUGUGCUCUGAAGAAUAGGGUCUUCAGACAUGGAUUAACAGAUGAAGCGUUUCAUGUAGAUGUGUGCAGCAGAGAGGUUACUGAAUAGAUAAAUACUUUGUGGAAAGUCCCUGAAGUCUUCAAUGUCUAACUAACCACAUUUCUCUAAGUGAAAACAUAAUAUUGACCAGUGUAACAACUUCAGCUGUACAGUAGCACUGCUAAGGUUAAAAACUAACCAAGCUGUUUCUGCUUUUAUUAAUAUAAACUAGUUUGCAUGUCAAUUAGUAAAAUGAUUGAAAAUAAACUGUAUUUAUGUUGGUUGUCUACAAUAGCUCCUUGUAAUUUUAAAUGACUAAUGAAACUGAUACUACUUUUGUUUUGAAACCUAAAAUGUUUUCCACUGCACAGGUUAGUUUUAGAGAAAGGAAAAAAGAUUAAAUGGUUAGUGAAAGUCAGGAUUGGAACUUGGAGGCAAGAGAGAUUUAAUGCAAAUUCCAGUUCUUAAUAUCUCCUGUCUGUUUGAGCAAGCUGUCCAGUGGAACAACUAUACUGGUGCAUUUGUUGCAGAAUUUGCCAAACUGGUUACAGUAAACUUAUUGUACAGUUACAAUGUGAUCAGUAUCACCAGUAUUAAAUACAGCCUGUAUGUUUUCUGUGUAUUCACUUGUUUGUGACAGCUGCCCGAUACCAGUGGAAGUGACUGAGUGACCACUGAGUACGUGUAAGUUACACUCUGAGGCAGUCACUUGUGGGUAUUGAGUAUGGACAUACAAGCGCAAGGUUGGUUUUUUUUUUUUUUUUCCUGUUUAUACACCACAGCCCCAUUCAUGGAAUGUGGAGCUUUACGUAUAGAUUAUGGUUAGUUCUGAGCAUUUCAGCAUUACCUCCCUUUGAAUUCAAAUUAAAUAAGUUUUCUUAUGGCUGAUCUUCAUUAAUAGUUUUUGCCGUUCUGAAAGUAAAAUGUUUUGAAAAUAAGUGAAUUUCAAAAGUCUUCAGUUAUUCAUGUCAAAAAGAUGUAUUGAAAUGGAUGUACACAAUAAAUGAAGAGUAAGAUAAAAAA